UCUACCUUCCCGUCGAGCGGGAGGUAUAAAUAGACCCAGCGCGUUUCUUAGUUUUGUUUAGCUUGGACCGUAUUGAGUAGUAAUCAAAAAUUGUAAAGCUGCCGGUUAGAACUUGACAGACUAAUAGCUAAACUAUUAAACGAGCGAAUUCUAGUAAAGAAACGGGAUCCCGGAGACCUAGCAAUAUCGACUUCGCUUUUGAUAUUAUGUUCGUGACUGAAAUAAUCCAUAUAUGUUGGUCAGCGCGCGUUGCGGUCGCGAGGGAUGGCCGCGCGCGGCAGUGAUGGACGCUCCGUGGACAGAUACUCAAAGAAAAGGAACCGAAGGUUAUUCAUCAUAGACAAAGUUGCCGUUGCCCGAUCCCUGUGCCUGGGCUCGGGGUUCAAGGGCAGGACUGUCUGAACAUGCUGUCAAACAACUCAUGCGAGAACAUUACCAGUAUCGAUGUGAACGGGAAUCCGUUGAUGAGCACUCUGAUGUUCAUCGCUGGGGUGGUUGGGAACCUGAUGGCUCUGGCCAUCCUGGGAGUCCACCAGAAAGAGCGUCGCACCAAGUCUUCGGUCUUCUGCAUUCUCGUGACAGGCCUGGCUUUGACAGAUCUGCUCGGAACGUGUUUACUCAGUCCACCGGUUUUCAUUUGUUAUGCCCAGAAAAAAUCCUUGGUGGGCCUUAUGGGAGAUUUGUGGCUGUGCAGACUCUUCGCCUUCGCCAUGACGUUCUUCGGCUUGGCUUCUAUGCUCAUACUGUGUGCAAUGGCGGUGGAGCGGUGCCUCGCCAUCAGUCACCCGUACUUCUACUCCAAACACGUGCGGCGCAGCUUCGCUAAGAUCGUCCUCUUCCUCAUCUAUCUCUUUACCUUCAUGUUCUGCUUGCUGCCGUUCUUCGGAUACGGACGGCACAAGCAGUACUGUCCGGGCACGUGGUGCUUCAUCAAGAUGGAGGCAGAAGGAGAGGGUGAGGAUGAGGAGAGGAGAACACUUACCUUCUCGCUUUCCUACUCUGUGCUUAUGGCGCUGCUCAUUGCCGUGGUGUUCUUGUGCAACGGUUCGGUCAUCGUCAGCUUAUGCCGCAUGCACAGGAGCCAGCUGAUGCGACGGGGUUCGGUGGUGUCGGCUGGAAGAAAGCGGAGGCUGAGCACCUGGUUUGGACAGGGAGAGGAAGAAAUGGACCACUUGCUGCUGCUGGCCUGCAUGACUCUCAUCUUCGUCAUUUGCUCCUUGCCGCUGACUAUCUGUGGCUUUUUGAACGCUAUUAGCCCGGUUGGGAAUGAUCAACAAAACCUAAUGGCUUUCCGCUUCACUGCAUUUAACCCCAUCUUGGACCCCUGGAUCUUCAUCAUCUUCCGUAAGGCGGUCUUCCACCACAUCCGGGCAUUCUUCCGCUGCUGCUUCCCCAGAGACUCGGUGAAGACCACAGCUCAAAACUCCCUGGCCUUCCCCAUGCAGGCUGGAGACCCCAAUCACAGCUCCAGCAUCCAGACUAAGAUGUACUGCAGCCUCCCCCAGUGAGGCCUCGAUGAGCAACAAUGCACUGCAUGUAAUGACAUAUAACAAGAAGAUGAGCCUAAAAAGACUGCCUGAAUGUAUCUAAGAACCAAAUAUAAAAGCAUGAAUGUCAAAGGACCUGCUCCCUCUCCAUCGACGAUGGAGGGGAAAUAUUUUGUAAACGUCAACUGAUGCCCAUCACUAAACAAGCUCUUUUGCGCAACAGAAAAUGAACAGACUGUGAAGACAUAAACCAACCAAUGUCCAUUUGGGCAACUGCCACAUGAGCGUAGUAAUAAUCAACAGAUGAACUAUGAAAAGAUGAAGCCAACCGCCAACUUGCUCAGUAAUAGACUAAUGGAAGAGGAAGUCUUAAUAAUUUAUAGCGGAGCCAAAAGUGUGUCGGUUUUACGCAACCCCAAACUACAAUGCCAAGGGUGUACCAAUAUACAUACAGCAUUUGUUUUCAUAAACUGAAGGAAGCAGUUAAAGCGUCAAAGAGCGAAGGCAAUUUUUCAGAGAAGUUAUUUAGCUUAUUAAUUGCUGAUAUUUCAGCAAAUCAGACACUGUGCAAUUUAGAAUUAAUUCACCACUAAAAAGUGAGAAACAAUGUUAAAGAUAACUAUGGAUACCGGGAAACGAUUUCAGAUGUUAAAAGACUAUUUGGUAACUAUAACACAGUUUUUGGAAGAGUGCCUUUUAGUUGAAAAUUACAUUUCACUUAUUUCAUAGAGAUAUGCAAGUAUAGCUCAUUUAAUUUAACUGUAAUAAUUUAAUGUAAAUAAUACAAAUAAAUGACUGUAAGAUUGUAUCAUAACCAGGUGUGAUAUUAAAGAAUAGCUGUGUCGUACAAGGGUUUGUACCAAUAAGAUAGCACUGUGGGGGCGGGGCUUCCCAGCCACCAAACAUAGAAAUCAAGCGAUUGGUUUGAUUUAAAAAUGGACUUGGAAGAGAUGGCUUUUAUCUCUAGAUGCUUUAGCGUGUCACGUCUGUUAGUAUACGGUUAGAGGAAAGACUUCUGUAUAGUGUAAAUACAAUUGACCAUGCAGUAUGUUUUCAAUUCAGAUGAUGUAUACAGUUUAAACCAUCCUUAAACAAUGUCUGCUUUCAAAGCUACUGAUAUAACCCGAAAUGUUUCAUAGACAAACAUGGACAUCUGCCUUUUAAAAUACAUAUGGCACGGUAUAUGAUUAUUGUAAACAUUUAGACGCUAGCUAAAACUGCCGCUGUAGUAUAGUACAUAUAGUCCGUUAUAUAACGUGGAUACCAAACGCACACAGUUUCAUUAUAUGCUUUACUAAGGUCAUUCUCAGGAAACAUUGCAAGAAAAAAAUAUUUCAUUUGAAAAUUUUACUGUGAAAUCUUAAAUAAAAUUAUUUUGCCAGCUAUUUUGCCAGCUUAGGCCCAAAAUAUUUAGUUAUUAUUUUGUUAAAUUGUUAUUGGUUAUUUAUUAUUUAUACAUAUAGCCCUAUGACUAACCAUAAAGUGGUACUUGAUUUGAACUUUAGCACAGUACGUUUGUAAUUUAUUUAUAAUUUCAAUAAAUAGCUGAAUAUUCUAGUAGUACUCCUCAGUUUUGUUGUGCCUUGUUAUAAAUUCUAUUUUUAAAAAUAGAAUAGAUGAUAUUUUAAUUUCAAUAAAAGCAGAACAUUUUAUUCGAAUGAACUAUCAGUGUUGAAAAGGAACAUCACUUUUUUUUUAUAUAUAUAUUUUAUUUUAAAUGUGUUUAUUUUAAAUUCAAGGCAUGAAGAAAAAAAAACUGUAAUAGGAUAACAUUACACAAAUGUUUUUUUUCCCUCCGAGAAUGACUCAUUAACAGUCUGUACUUACUACUACUAACAGAUCUGACAUAACAGGCCGUUUAAAUUGACUUCCUCACCGUGUUGGACAUAAGGGUGCAGCGACUGCAUGCAUGAUUUGAAUCGUGAUAUCAUACUGUGUGUUUUAAUGUUUCGUUGCGCAGUGCUUGGUGUACAUUGGUUUUGUUCCUGCAGUGUUGACUCAAGCUAGAAACAAUUGAGACUUAGUAAAGAACACAACACCCUGUCCAAACAAACAUCAGUCUUUGUCUGUUUCCUCAAGCGUGGAUAAUAGAUAUAGCGUUUUAUAAAAAAAAACACAUUGCGCAAGUUUGGAGUUCGAUGUGAGGUCCAGUGAGAAAUGAAGCACAGCUUCCAAAUAUGAGCGCUUCUCUGGUUUCACGUCA